AAUGUCUAGAUGUCACCGUACAGUGUAAACGAUUUUCAUUUAAGAUUCCGCACACUAUUUAUCAUUCACUGUAAACAAAAGACACCUGGACUGGCCUGAGAUCCUUCCGAUGCGAUAAUUUGAAUAUAGUGUCGUUGACUUGUCUUUGAACACUGAAUGUAGCACUCUAUCACUCCUGUCAGCAAUAUAUUAUUUUUCUUAUAGUAAGUUAUAGUUAUGGCCUAUGGGCUGUUUUUUUGCUUUGUUUGUGAGUUCAUUUUGACAAUAAUAAUUUAAAAACACACUCACUCCAAUACAAAUUCAAAUAGAGAAACAGUCAGUAGUAGGUCCUACUGUAGGGUGACCAAAUCAUGAACUGGAAAAAACGGGACACACCCAAGGAGGGUUUGGGAGGAUAUCCGUUAUCUAAAGAGGGUGCCUCCGCCGAAAACUCUUUAUUGAAAUAUGCUCAUUUACAUUUUAACUAUUUUUAAGACCUAGAAAUCUUUUUAACUUACCUUCGCCUUCACUUUUGUUAUUUAAUCUAAACUCUGAGGCAUAUCAUUAACGAAAACAAUAAUUUUGCAGUGAAUACUUAUUUAUAUAUACAUAUUUUACAACACAAAAAAUAAAAUUUCUCUAGUCUAGGAUUUAAAUUGAAGAUAUUUGGCUGUUGUCCCAGCCAUUGUUAAAACCUCCUUCUUAUCUAAUAUAAAGUUGUCAAAACUAGAACAGUCCAUUUCAAAAUUGUAGAGAACCUGCAGUAUUGCAGAAAGGGUCUCCACUCUCAUCUUUUUUUCUUUCAUAUUACCAGUGCAGCCAUCACAUGAGCCCACAUCACCACUGGCACUGGCUACACAGCUAGCCCAAAUAUUACUUGAAGCUAUAUUAUAAAUUAGGAAGUUUUAGUGAUUUGAAAAUGUCUUUGGUUUCAGAAACGGGACAUUUAAACUAGAGGCCGACUGAAAGUGAUUUUCUGAUUUCGGCGAAGCCGAAAAUAGGCCGAAAGUUUAAAAAUGACUUUCGGCCAAAACCGAAAAAAGGCCGAAAGUUAAAAAUGAAUUUCGGCCGAAACCGAAGCCGAAACCGAAAAUGAAAUAUUUAGAUAUUUUGAAAUUCGUUCCCGCAUACAUUUUGCAUACAUCGAAAAUGAUGUGGGAAAGUAUAAAUAUUUACAUUCUUUUUAUAAAAAUGAGAUAAUUGUGAAUAUUAAUAAAUAAACAUCUAAUAUAGGGGUCUCAAACUCGCGGCCCGCGAGCCAUUUGUGACCCGCAAGACGAUAUUUUGCGGCCCGCUACAUGACAGAAAAGUUUAGUGUAAAUGCGCCGGCCCGUUUCCCCCAUUCUCAUAGCUAUAGCGUGACUCUCCGCGACGGUGUCAGUCGAAUCUCACCGACUAGUCUAAUUCUGUUUUUUUUUUUUUUUUUUUUUGUAAUGUUUCUAUAUAUUUUUUAAUGCAACAGUGAGUAGGUGGAUGAAAGUGAAUCCUAGUUCUUGAGAACCCUUAAUGAUUUUAUUGUUAUUUAUAAAGGUUGAGCAGAUUGUAACAGUUGUAGUCGCUUUUUUGUGGAUUACUUGAUGCGGCCCACUCUCAUUCAGACACUACCUCCUGCGGCCCCCCCCCCCCCUGGUGAUUUGAGUUUGAGACCCUUGAUCUAAUGAAUACUUUGGAUUUUACCAUUUUAAUAUAAAAGUAAUUUAAAUUGCGUUACAAUUUUUUUUAAUUAGUAUGUUAGGAGAAAAUUUGGCAAAAAUUGAGGUGGAGGGGGGGGGGGGAGGAAAUUAAUGCAAAGUAUUAUUUUUUUAAACCGGGUCUCUAAAAAUUGUGGUUCUAAAAUAUCGCUUAAUUUGUUUUUAAAGAUCGUUUAGUUGGUUGUUAUUGAUCGCUUAAUUUGUUGUUUAAGAUCGUCCAGUUUUUGUUAAUGAUCGCUUUAUUUUUUCUUAAAGAUCGGUUAGUUUGUUCAUAAAGAUCGCCUGGUUUGUUGUUAAAGAUCACUUAGUUUGUUGUUAAAGAUCGCUUAGUUUUUCACAAAGAUCGCUUAGUUUGUUCUUAAAGAUAAUUGAUUUUGUUCCUUAAGAUCGAUUAGUUUGUUCUUAAAGAUCUUUUAGUUUGUUCCUAAAGAACAUUUAGUUUUCUGUUAAAGAUCGCUUAGUUUAUUCUUAUAAAUCAUUUAGUUUCCUAUUAAAGAUCAUUUGUUUUGAUCUUAAAGAUCAUUUAGUUCGGUCUUAAAAAUCGUUUAGUUUGUUCUUUAAGAUCGUUUAGUUUGUUAUUAAAGAUCGCUUAGAUAGUUCUUAAAGAUCGCUUAGUUUGUUUUAAAUAUCGUUUAGUUUGUUCAUAAAUGUCGUUAAGUUUGUUUUUAAAUAUCAUUUAGUUUGUCCUCAAAGAUCGCUUAAUUUGUUCUUAAAUGUCGCUUAUUUUGUUGUUAAAUAUCGCUUUCGCUGAGUAAUAAAUGACCGAAAACCUGAGUCGCUUUGUCAAUUUCGGCCGAAACCGAAGAAAAACUGAAAGUUAACUUUUCUCUUUCGACCGAAACCGAAAUUAAGCCGAAAGUUAACUUUUCAGUUUCGGCCGAAACCGAAACUUGGCCGAAAGUGAUAAAAUGGCCACUUUCGGCGCCGAAGCCGAAAUUCGGUCGGCCUCUAAUUUAGACGUCCCAAGAGACUUUUUCGGGACACUGUGUACAAUCUUUAAAAAACAGGACGAUCCCGUUUUUACAGGACGUUUGGUCACCCUCCCCUACUGUCGGUUCAUAAAAAUAAUAGUCUUUGCCGCCAACAGUUUUGUUGGUGUUUUUUUUUAUAUUAUACCAUCAUCUUGGUUGGCUCUUGGGCUGCUCUGAUAUAAAGUUCAAUAAUGAAACUAGGGCUGAGCCAGGUUUAGUUUUUUUUACACACCUUCCUAGUAUUUGGAUACUCUACCCAGCUAGUCCGUAGGUUACAAAAAAGUUAUCUUCUCAUUUUCUAUAACCUGUUCCUGAGGAGAAGUAAAAAAUGCAUGAAGCUAAAAAUUUAAGGGUUAAAAAAACUUUUUAAAUUACUAGCUUAAUAAUAAUUCUAACCCAGCAGUUCUCAGUCUGUUCUUGGAGUGGCCAGGUGGCUAGUCAUUAGGGCAAAACAACUUGGGAAGCCGCUGCGCAUCAUCUCCCCUCUGUAAAAGUAGACGAUUUCUGCUAAUUGGGGGGGGGGGACGACGACACAUAAAUGCAAAAAUAUUUAUAUUACAUUUGCUGCUGACUUCUAGUGAAUGAAUAGUCUUUAAAAUAUAUUUUAUGUAGCUUCAUCUCCCCUCUGUAAAAGUAGACGAUUUCUGCUAAUUGGGGGGGGGGGGACGACGACACAUAAAUGCAAAAAUAUUUAUAUUACAUUUGCUGCUGACUUCUAGUGAAUGAAUAGUCUUUAAAAUAUAUUUUAUGUAGCUGUAGUGUAGUAACAAUAAGAAACUAGUCCGUUCACUGUAAAUAAUAUUUUAAUUUUAAAAUGAAAAAUUACAUUUUAAAAAAUGCACAUGUUACACAAAACCCCCCUAAAAUUUCUGAAAUUCUCAAGCAACCCUUGACAUUUUGUCAGUCAACCAAAAAACAUGAACAUUUUUGUUAAUUGAGCAGAGCUUCACUAUUAGUGUUGCUGAACUCUGGUUGGUAGCAGUUCUCAUUUAUCUGAUACCAAUGUGCGCAUAUUAUUUUAAUAAAUAUUUAUAUCAUCAUUAUCAUAGCGAUAGGGGUGAGUCGGGAGAAAUGGGCCACCAAAUGAACAUCAGUCAAAGAAUGCAGCUGGUGAACAAAUAGAAAGUUAUAACCAUAAAAUUUGGCUUAUUAAUAGCCAGUCCAAAUGUGCACUUAAAAAUGUAAUUUGCAUUUUGAUAAAUUUGAUAGUUUUUGUGAAAUUCAAAAGAAACUGAUGACUAUGUAGGUUGGGAGAAAUGGACAUAGCGAAGAAAGAAAUGGACCACCAUAUUGGGAGAAAUGGUCAGCUAACUAAAAAGUGGUUAAAACAAAUUAAUAUUUUACCUAUUUUCUAUUAGCUUUCUCUCUGUUGAGCUGUAAUGCACCAUACAAUAUAUGUAAUGUAAAAAAAGAUAAGCAAAACCAUUUUACAUUUUAUGUAUAUUUAUUAAAUAUAACAAUGUAGACAGAAUGUAAUUUGAGCAAAACAAAAACACAGAUUUAUUUAACAUUUAAAGAACUCAGGUUUUCUUUAAAGAACAAAAAAACCUUUAGUCCUAGCUGUCCCAGUCUUUUGUAAUUUUGUAAGUUUGCAUUUUAUGUCUUUAAUAUAGGCACACAGGCAAUGACUUCUAUGUGUGGUCUUAUAGGGCCUACAUUAAUUUUGCCAGUCACUUUCUCACUUUUUCUUAAAAAUUCUACUUUCUCAUCUCCAUUUUCAUUCACUUUCUUCCUCACAAUAGCAACAUAAAACACCACAGACCUUUUUUACACUAUACUCACACAGCACACAAUCAUCUUUCAUAACUUCUUCAACACCACUCAUUUCAGCACAAUUUGUUGUCAAGUCUUCACAGUCUGAAAUAAAGUCAUCUAAAUCAUCAUCACUUAUCAGGUCAAUGUACAUGUCAGACUUACUAUCGUCACUUUUCCAAAUUGUGUAGCAGCUGUCCGCAUCGACUUUUUCCCUUUAAUGGCAUCAACUGCAUUUCUCAUAUCUUCCAAGGGUAUUCUACCAUUAUCUGUUUUUCUUGCGUUGUUUCUGCAAGAAAAAAAUAUGGGAAACUUUAAAUUCUCAUCCCAUUGGAAAUUUAUGUUUUUUAAAACAAAAGCUUAAAAAAAUUCAGAAGAUUUAAUUUCUACAAUACAUAAUCAUAAUCAAUAUAAUCAUACAUGCAUAUAUAUUUAGCAAAAUAUUUUCUAAAAUUAUGUUUAGCUAAAAUAAAUCAUGACUGAUAAUUCAAAAUCUUUAUUUAAAGUUAAUUAACUAAAGUCAUGCUCAAUAUAUUAAUACGUUUUAAUUACUUCAAGAUUAUGCAGUAAUGAAGUAUAAAGAAAAUAAACAGUGGGGAGAAAAUAGAUGUGUCAAUUUCUCCCCAUUUUUUGGCACGUUUCACCCCACUAUGGGGUUGAUGCAGAAUUUAAAUUUAAAAAAAUAAGUUCGUGAUGCAAAUCAAAUUUAAUAUGAAAUACUAUAACUAACUAAAUAUAAUACAUUAAACUAUAUUUACCUUUAUUCUUGAUGAACCAGUUAAAUUUCUAGACGCUUUGAUGAGGUUUGUUCAAAACAUUUUUUUAUGCCAAAAUUUUACUCGUGAUUCAUUUGUUUCAUAGCUGACCAUAUAAUCUGGAAACUCUUAGAAAACACAAAAAAGAAGUAAUUUAUGCAUUCAUUUAGUUCCAAAACAUUUUAGUUCAAUAGAUUCGAUUUUAUGGGGGGUGGUCCAUUUCUCCCAUCUGUCCAUUACUCCCGGCUCUCCCCUACCUUCCUAGACUUCCUUAGUUUAGCCAAUUGUUUCACUUAUUAAAUUAGUGUUUAAUUACAUUGCUAUUAUUAAAUUCUAUGACAAAACUUAAAAAUUAUCCACACACACAAACUUUGGCUACUCCGUAUUAUCAGCAAGUCAGAAUGUAAAAUAAAAUAUUAAUUGUAAAUAGGAAGUGCCAUGGUCAUAACCUAAGAUAUGUGUCUUACUAAGACAAAUAAUCACACAAAAAUUGCAGCCAACAAAUAAUUAUUUUCAGAGCUUUGCAAUUUCAUUUAGCUUGCAUUUAGUUUCUCACAAAUUGCUAGUCAGUUUUAUAUUAUUAUUUAUUUAAUUCACAUAAAAUCUAUUGAAAAAUUAUGUAAAAAAGAUGUACUCGUUCUAUACAUUCACUUUUCAUUUCUCACCAUUCACUUUUCAUUUCUCACCAUUGGGUGGAACACACUAAAGUAAAUGAGAAUAUAACUUUUAAAAAAAAACACUCGGACCCGAUUCUGUCUUUUUUGCUCGGUCUGGGUACCGGUAUGUGCAAGGUGUGCUAAUACUCGGCAAAUCAGGGUCGGUACCCGGCUCAGCCCUAAAUGAAACAAUUUUACACUCAACCAUCACACUGUUGUUUUCAAGUUUUCUUGCAGACUAAAUCCAGAUUCUCGUGAAUACUCUGCUGCCAUUCUCUUUAAGAAACCUGAUAUUCUUACUUUUGUAAUUUCUCAGUCAGUUUUUAAACAUGCUUGUUCAAAUUAUUAAUGGUUUACGGUAAUAUUAUUUCUCUUAUGAGUAGUAUGUGUCUGCCCAAAGGCAUCUGACCUGUGCAGUCUUAGCACCCCUGCCUUACCUUGGUUACCAAUUUCUCUUAGACUGGAGAUGUGAGCUUAAUAAACUUUUAUUCAUCUGUAUUUGGGACUUUCUUUACCUUGGACUUUGUCUAUUAUUAUCAGUAUAUUUGUCUAUGAGUCUAAAGAUAAUAUACUAUACCGAUAUUUAGGGAUAACAUUUACAUUUUGAAUUUCAGCAGUUAACUCUAAAAAGAUGUGUCAAGAUUCAAAUAAAAAAAAUAAAAAAAUUCAAUAGAACUGUCUAAAUAUAGCAAUACGUCUUUGCAAAUCACUUCUAUAUGCCCUACUACAGUUCUGUAGGUUAUAAUCCACAUUGCAUUUAUAUACAUCACCUCCCUCUGUUUCACUGUUUUAUUUUUACUUUAAGAGAAAAAAAACCCUCAUCCUAAUUAUUGAGUUUACACCAUUUAUUUAAUAGUGCAACAAAGCCAGUGCGAACAAUGAAUUUAAUAACAUCCCUUGUUUGGUUCAUCAUAUUUCUGUUUCAAGCUAAUGGACAUCACGGACAUCGUCAACACGGUUUUAAUUUGGCUGGUCGGCUAGCAUCCAGUUAUAACAAUAGGAACAACCCAGAGCAAAUACACAUAUCUUUAGGCUCUUUGCCUUAUGAUAUUGUUAUGAUGUGGUCCACAAAGGAAGAGGAGACAUUUUAUGUUGAAUAUGGAAAUGAUCCAAAAACAUUGACCAGAGCUAAAGGUGCCAUCUCAGAACUAAAAAUUGACAGUGAACAAGCUGCUAGAUUUUUGCACCGGGCUGAAUUGUUAGGUCUAAAACCAGGAGCUCGUUAUUCUUAUAGAAUCAUCAAUGGUAAUUCCACUGUGAAAUCUGAGACAUUAACAUUUGAAGUUCCGCACAAUGAUUCGGCUAAAUCGCAUUCCUUUUUGAUAGUGGCCGAUAUGGGAAUGCUUACUAAAGCACUUCAAUUUUUGAUUCAUGAAGCUGUUAAUGGAGAAUAUGAAGUAGUGUUUCAUGUGGGAGACAUUGCAUACAAUUUAAACUCUGAAGGGGGAAGUUUAGGAGAUCACUAUAUGAAUAGGGUGGCUAAGUUUACAUCACAUGUUCCCUAUAUGACAACACCAGGAGAUCAUGAAAGAUUUCGAUCAUUUUACCACUAUCGUUACAGGUUUGACUUUUUCAAUUUAAUAGGCAAUUAACAAAUUGAACACAUCGCCUUUUAGCAACAUUACAAUAUUUCACUAAUAGUUUUUAUCAGUCUCCAUUACAAAUUUAUAAUAUUACUAAUAAAUAUUAGAAUAUUACUAAUAAAUUAAUAUUAGUGUUAAAUUUUUAAAAUUAAAUAUAGAGAUUAGUGUACUGCUGAGUAAUGGUGGUAUUACUAGUGAGAAAAUUAAUUUGAAAGUUAAUUGAAAAAUGCAAUUAAAAUCAAAAUAAAAAAUACUUACACUUAGAGGGACUGUGUUCAGUUAAUUUAAUUUAAUAAUUAAAAGGUAUCGUUCUAGGAAAAUAUACAUAUGUGCUCAUUCAUUGCACAGCUUAAAUCUAGGAAAAUUAUUUUUAUAAAGACUCUACAGCAAAAACAUCCAUUACACUGAAAAAUACAUUUAAUACCCAUUACCCGUAAAAUUAUAAGAUAUACCGGUAAUAAUUUUCAUGUAAAUAUUUUAUUUUUUGUUAUGUUUUUGUCUUGAAGGUUUUCCAUGCCUAAUUCUCCUUGGCCAAUGAAAGAAGAAAACCUUUGGUAUAGCAUUGAUAUUGGACAUACACACUUUAUAAGUAUCAACACAGAAUAUUUUCUCCCAGAGUCUGAAUACAAAUCUCACCAGCUCCAGUGGCUUAGGCAAGAUCUUAAAGCUGCUAAUAAAAAGCGAAAAAGCAGCCCUUGGAUAAUUGUGAUGGGCCAUAAGCCAAUUUACUGCACUAAAUCUGUGAUGGAACAAGAGUGCCACAAAGAAAAUUCAGCCAUAAGAGAAGAACUGGAAGAUUUGUUUUUUGAGCAAGGUGUUGAUCUUUACAUCAGUGGGCACAAACAUUCCUAUGAAAGAUCUUGGCCAAUGUAUUUAAGUAGAACUUUUCAAACCAACUACUUCAAUCCCAUGGCUCCUGUGUAUAUUAUUAAUGGGGCAAUGGGAUAUGAGUAUUUAUUUGAUGAACAAAAAUCUUCACCAUACUGGUUGGCCUUUUCUGUUAGCGACAAAAGAAAAGAGCUUUUUGCCAGGCUAAAUGUCAUUAAUGAAACUCACCUGGUUUGGACUGUGCAUGCUGCAUCAACCAAUGAAGAAGUGGAUUAUGUGCAAAUCAUUCAGAAAAAUCAUGGCUCUUUUGGAAAACCAGGAGUUGCUGCACUGGACAAAAUUAAACCCCGCACCAACAGACAAGAUCUCCCACCAGAGCCUUUCCAUAUUGUAGAUGUUGAAUCCCAGAGUUACCAAUCAAGAAGGCUUAUACUUUUUUCAGCUGUUUUUAGCUUAUCUUUUAUUUUAUUCCUGUUUCUGCGUAGUCACAAAGUACGAAAAGUUUUACACUUAUAAACGGUCUAAUUCUCUUUGAAAAAUUUAAAUAUUUUGCAAGACCAAAAUUUAAUAAACAGGCUAACGUAGGAGAAGCAUACUAUAGAUUAGGAUGCCUGCAAAUCUCUUGAGGGUGGCCUGUGUCUCAGGCAAACAUGACAUGAAAAUUUUUAAUAUGAUAAUUGAUACUGAUUCCUAUCAACGUUUACCUUUUACAUUUGCAUUUGGCAUAAAUAUUUGUAUACUCUGUAAAAUUAAGUAGUUUUAAAAAUUAUCUACAAGCUUUUAUUUUCAGUCAUUUCUGUCUAAUUCUGGAAUAGAGAUCCCUUAUGCCUGACCAAAUUAAUGGUUAGAAACUGUUGUGAAAGUAAAGGACAUUACUGAGUCGUCAUGUAACAAGAUGUAGGCAAUAAAAAUGGAUGAAUGUGUGCACAAUCUAAAAUUUCAAAUUACAUUAAGGAAUCAGACUAUAGAACAAUUGUAGGUUUUAUUCAUUUUAUAUUUUAAUGUUCUCUAUUCAUAAAUUAGAACAGAAUCGAAGUCUACACAAUGAUGUUUCUUAGUAUUAUGCUGUCUGUUACUUGUAUCUAAUUGAGACAUUAUAGAAUUUAACUUUGAGAACCACUGAGUUAUUUACAUACUCUUUAAUAAUGAGCAAAGAAUAUAAUUUUUUUUUUUAAUAUUGUGUUGGUAAUGUAAAAAUGCCAACUUUUGUGUUUGAUAUUACACCUCACUAGAGAGUAUGGAGCUAAAAGAAUGCCUAGAAGUCAAGGGACAUAGAGGGAGUUAGCAGUAGCUGAAGAAAGAUGAGAUAGAAACUAGAUGGCAUAAGCCCCUCUGCUGGCACUAAAGGAGGAUGAUUACUGCACAUCAGGUCUCUCUAGAUCCCCUUACAUGACCCUUGUCAUCAUCUCAUCCAUCUCUCAGAUAUAAUUUAAAAAAUGUUUUAAUAUAUUUAUUUAGUUAUGAAUGACACUGUUGCAUUAUUUUGAUAACUUAGUGUUUUAUUUUUAAAGUGAAAUGUGUCACAUCAGAAGUGUUUAUGAAGUGUUUAUCUAUGCAAGUGUGUUACAUAUUUAACACCAAGUUUCUUUAAAAUAUUUUUGGGGCUUUUUAACCAAAUGAUCUUCAGACAUUCCAUAAUCAUAAUUUUAGUAGUAAAAUAACUGGAUUGUUUGCAAAGACAUUUAAGUAUUCUACUUAUCCAUAAAUCGUUUUCAUUGUUUAUUUAUCUGUAAUUUUGUGAAAUGGUUUUGAAUUGCCUGUUUUCUGCAAAGUUCACAAUGUAUUAAUUGUAUAUGCUUAAAUUUAUGUAUGAUUUUGAUUAGUAAAAUUUAUUUUUUUUAAAUUUUCCAACACUAACGCUGUGACAAAAGUAUAUUAUAGGACCUUAAAAAAAAUAAUCUCUAUAUUAACAGUGUGAGCAAUUCCAUGAAAAUUGUUGCUGUAAAGAAUAAGUAUAAGACCAGCAGUUCACGGGGAAACAACAGCCAUUGUGAUUAAUAUUCAAAUAGUAGAAAUUUUUCGUAUUAAAAUUGAUUGUGUAUAACAAAAGUUCAAUAUUACAAAUGGAUCUUAAAAUUGUUGUAGUCUUUAAAAACUAUUUAGAGUAACAUAGUUAAAUGUGGCAGACCAGCUAACCCUUUGAUGGUUAUAAUGUAUUUAACAAAAGGAUGACCUAUACAGAUAAUUUAACUGAAUAAAAUAUUUUUUUUUAAAACUACUGUAUAUGCUCAUUCGUAGGUCAACUUUUUUUUGGAAAUAUUUCAGGCCAUAGGAGAUUUAUAUCAUUUUUUUAAGGGAUAUUGAGUAUUAUAGAAUACAAUUGAGAAGUAAUUAACAUGGGUCAACGUAAAGCCAAAAGCAAAAUUUCGUAUACAUGGCACAUAAGGCUGGCCUUUGUAUCUCCUUAUUACAAUGCAUUCCCAUCUGCUCCACACAAGAUCAGAUUAUCCUAUUUUAUAAGAUCGUAGCAGAAGCUGAAAUCUAUCUUUAGAACUGUCAUGGUUUUGUACCAGCUUCUGACCUUGAUUUAAUACGAGUAUAAUGAGAUCUGCACUUACACACAUCGGACUAUAAAGAGAGUGGUCUCAGCCAGCAAUAAAGGAUUUAACUAAGUUGUUAGUUGAUAUUUAUAGCAGAAUAUGAGCCUGUAGACUGAUGGGCACUUUGAACGACUAUAUACAGAAUGAUAGAGAUUAAAAGCACUGAGUUUUAGUUGUCAUUUUUUUUAAACAUCAUCAUGAAAUUUUUCAUUAGCCAAGUCUUUUUUUUUUGUUGUAAAUAUGUAUAAACGAAAUUUAAUUGUAUUUCUAAUAAGUUUUAGCUGGUGUCUACUUACAACAUUCGAAUCUAUGUUGUGACUAGCAAUCAGUGUUUUUAGUUCUGGAAAGUUGCCUUUACUGGUGGAAGAUUUUGCUUCCCUCAGUGAAGUGAAAGGAAAACAUUUAUAUGAUUUUAAGAAGACAAUGAGAGAUGAUGCAAUCCCAUAAAAUUUAAUUUGAUGCACGUUUAUGUCCAGCUUAUUAUAGUUCAGUUACAUUUUUUUUUAGAUGCAAAUUUUCUUUCACUCAGCACACAAGGCCAAUUACUACUGAUUGAACUGAUUUACAUAUGCAUAGAAUUACUACCUUGUGUAUUUGGUUGUGAAAUUUUAUAAACAACUACAGCUGAUGAUUUUAGUUAAUUUUUUAAAAUUUAUUAAUUAAAAAAAAUUAUCUUGUAUUUCUGACUUUGCAUUGUUUGUUAAGUUUUAUAAUGUGCAUAAAUUAUUAAAUGAACAGUUCUUC